GCCAGUCUAGGAAAGCUGCUGCUGAGUACCACAGGGCUGCGGGCAGAGUUGGGGGGUGGGGGGCUGGAGGGCAGGGCUGGCGUGGGUCUUAGAGAAGGGCUACUGCCCUUCCAGGUCUGCUCCAAGAAACAUUAGGACUCCAUAGGGAACAAGGGAGACCAACAGCUUGGACAGCUGUUUGCAGAGGCUGAAAACCCAGGCUGGGAAAGGUGAGUCAAUUGAGUGGGGAACCACGCCGGGGGAUCAGGACCCGCAGCUGAGUUGGAGUUGCCCUGCCUGCCCUCAUGUCAACUGAUGAACACCUGGACCCGAUUCCUGACCGCUUCAUCCUGCAGCCGCCGGUCUUCCACCCGGUGGUUCCCUAUGUCACAACAAUUUUUGGUGGCCUGUAUGCAGGCAAGAUGGUCAUGCUGCAGGGUGUGGUCCCGCUAAGCGCACGAAGGUUUCAAGUGGAUUUCCAGUGUGGGUGCUGCCUGCAUCCUCGGCCAGACAUCGCCUUCCACUUCAACCCUCGCUUCUACACCGUCAAGCCCCAUGUCAUCUGCAACACCCUCGAAGGCGGACUCUGGCAAAGAGAGAUCCGGUGGCCAGGUGUUGCCCUACAGAAAGGGGCUAGCUUCCUCAUUCUCUUUCUGUUUGAGAACGAAGAAGUGAAGGUGAGUGUGAAUGGUCAGCAUUUUCUUCGCUACCGCUACCGGCUCCCAUUGUCACGUGUGGACACCCUGGGCAUAUUCGGUGACAUCUUGGUAAAGGCUGUCGGAUUCCUAAACAUCAAUCCAUUUGUGGAGGGCAGCAGAGAAUAUCCAGUUGGCUAUCCCUUCCUGCUGUAUAGCCCCAGGCUGGAGGUGCCCUGCUCACGCACUCUUCCUCGGGGUCUCUGGCCUGGGCAAGUCAUUGUAGUUCGAGGACUGGUCUUGAAGGAGCCGAAAGAUUUCACCCUGAGCCUGAGGGAUGGGGCCACCCAUGUUCCUGUGACGCUCAGGGCUUCCUUCACAGACAGAACGCUGGCCUGGGUCUCCUCCUGGGGAAGAAAGAAGCUGAUCUCAGCCCCCUUCCUGUUCUACCCACAGCGAUUCUUUGAGGUACUGCUUAUGUGCCAAGAGGGAGGACUGAAGCUGGCUCUCAAUGGGCAGGGGCUGGGGGCCACCAGCCUGGAUCAGAAAGCCCUGGAACAGCUACGGGAGCUCAGGAUCAGUGGAAGUAUCCAUCUCUACUGUGUCCACUACUAAGGAGGGCUCCAAGGUCGCCCCAGCCAGAGAAGAGGAAGGGCAGAUGCAGCCAGGGUUCCACAGUACAGCCUGGCUCUACUGUCCUCACUGGAACAUUGACCUGUCAUCACUGUGUCAGGCCUAGUUCACAUCUGGGUCACAAGCCUGGUCCUCCAAGGACACACACACACACACACACACACACACACAUUUAUUACAUUUUAAUCUAUCAAUUCUGAAAACAAUGACCCAGGUUAUUUUGUCUCUGCACCCAUCUUCCGCAUUCAAACUCUGUCUUGGUCCUCAUUCUAAUACUCCGUGGGACCAUGUGGCUGAAACUAUCUAGGCCCAGCCACUGAGAAGACAAGUAGAGUGAAAACAAGAAGAGCCCCAGGCCUGUGAGCAACACCCACCAUCUGCACUCACAUCCCCAUCUACAUUCACUCACUAGGUUGUGAAGCCUUUGCCCAAAGUGGCAAGCAUCACAGCUGCUCUCGGGGCCAAAGAGAACCAGCCACACCCCAUGAUAAAGGGACCAUUAUGCUUACCCAACCGUGUGAACCAUAAUCUCUCAUAAUAUUAUAAUGUAGUCUGGGUGGGUCAGAGAGCGUACAAUCUAGGCUUUAUAACACACCCUGUGAUGUUCACAUGGUAGCAAGAUAUUGCCCUUCUCAGAAUUUCUCCUUGUCUUGAAGUGGUGCAUGGCUGAAUUUAGCAGAGCAGGUGGACAAGGGGAAAAAAAGAAGACUGUGGAGGGUUUGAUUUGGACUAUUCCUGGAAAUAAAGUCUGGCCUCACCUCAGAAUGGACGUAA